UUGCUGAGUUGGUGAUAUUGGAAAGAUAAUGAGAGUUAUAUUGGGUCGGUUAAUGGGGGGGGUGUUGCUAAUCCGGCUUUGGGGUAUCAUUCUAAUAAAGCAUCAGGACCAUUCGACUCUGAAUAAGCAUUCAAUAACGCCCUCAUAGACGCGUAUCAAUCAAAACUCCCGAGAUCUCAUGUCAGAAGCUUUCUGACUGGCAUGCCCUCUCAAUACAAACAUCGAAAUAUAUUCACUCACGGAGACCUACGACUGGCCAAUAUCAAGGUCAAAGAUGGGCAUGUUACUGGUAUCUUGGACUGGGAGUUUAGUGGUUGGUAUCCUGAAUACUGUGAAUUUGCGAAAGCUCUUCACAUCUGGAAAUGGCGGAACGAUUGGACGGAUUACAUGGUUCAGAUUUUCAAGCCUUAUUGUGCUGAGUAUGGAGCUUAUCAGUUUUUGACUGAGGUGCUAUGGUAGCAAUGAUGGACUUCACAGUACCCCUUCACACAUUCUUCUGCAUCGUC